CUCGGUGGCGGGAAGCGGCGGCGGAGCAUGGAGGUGCAAGAAGGUGGUAGCACGGGCGAAUGCGGGGUGCCAGAGCCUGGUCCUGCCCCCAGCAGCACCUCCAGCGGCGCCGGCCACUACGAGCUGCCGUGGGUUGAAAAAUACAGGCCCUUGAAGCUGAGUGAGAUUGUUGGGAAUGACGACACUGUGCGCCGGCUGGAGGUCUUCGCUCGAGAAGGGAAUGUUCCCAACAUCAUCAUUGCCGGCCCUCCAGGAACCGGCAAGACCACCAGCAUCCUGUGUCUGGCGCGAGCCUUGUUGGGUCCUGCACUGAAGGAUGCGGUUUUGGAGCUCAACGCAUCCAAUGAUAGAGGCAUCGAUGUCGUGAGGAACAAAAUCAAGAUGUUUGCUCAGCAGAAAGUCACCCUCCCCAAAGGCCGUCACAAGAUCAUCAUCCUAGAUGAGGCUGACAGUAUGACCGAUGGCGCCCAACAAGCUCUGAGGAGGACCAUGGAGAUCUACUCCAAGACCACCCGCUUCGCCCUGGCCUGUAAUGCUUCCGACAAGAUCAUAGAGCCCAUCCAAUCACGCUGUGCCGUCCUGCGCUACACGAAGCUGACCGACGCGCAAGUGCUAGCCCGGCUGCUGCGGGUCAUCGAGCUGGAGCAGGUCCCAUACACGGACGACGGGCUGGAGGCCAUUGUGUUCACAGCACAGGGGGACAUGCGGCAGGCUCUCAACAACGUGCAGUCAACAUUCUCAGGGUUCGGCUACAUCAACAGCGAGAACGUGUUCAAGGUCUGUGAUGAGCCACACCCGUUGCUGGUGAAGGAGAUGAUUCAACACUGCGUGGAUGCUCACAUCGACGAGGCCUAUAAGAUCCUGGCGCACUUGUGGCACCUGGGAUAUUCCCCCGAGGACAUCAUCGGCAACAUCUUUCGCGUGUGCAAGACCUUCCAGAUGGCUGAGUACCUGAAGCUAGAGUUCAUUAAGGUGGGCCUGGAACAUUCCAGGGACGGAUGGACAUAUGUAUGCACACACAUUCCACAGACAGGGACAAGCACUCACACACACAAGUGCUCACACACACUCACACCAUGUGAAUGCCCCUGGGGAGGGCCCCAAACCACUGUGUGUGCCCCUUUGUGUCUGCACCUCCCCCGCACUGAAAGUCCAGAUCCUAUCUGUGUGGAGAGGGAAUUUUCUAGAAGGUCACAUGGGGACCCAAGAGCUGCAGCGUCUGGCUGUUCUCUGGGCAGCCUGUGGGCAGCGGCUGCUUUCCCUAGCGUCAGCCCCCCCCUGCCUGUGCCCCCACCCCACCCCAACACAGGGGCCCUCCAUAUGACCCGAUGUGUUUUCCUUUCUCUAAGCCAGUCCUCAGGUGUGGGAGGCAGUAUUGGGGUCCAUGUGACUCCCUGAGACCCCACCCCACUGCCAA